AUGACAGGCAAUGGUGGUCUUGCUCUUAGCCCUUGCAAGCACUUCAAGCUCAAUAAAUCAGGUCUCUGGUUUGGAACAUGUACAGAUAGAUAGAUGGCCCCAUGUCUUUUGCCAUUGGCCCACAUAUAUAACAGGACUGAUUGCAACAUUCUGGCGCAAUCUGAGCAGUUUCUUUUGUGAUUCCCUCCACACUGGGGUGCAGCAAGAAUUUGCUUCUAGAUGGAUAUCGCGAUCUGUAUCCCCCUAGCUCUUCUCUAUGGAGCGUGCGCGCUUCUCCUUAUCCACGGCCUAGGCUUCCAACUGCAUAUGCGGACCAUAAAGAACAGUGAAUCCUUCACAUCCCCAAUCGAUAUCCAGGAUGGUCGUUCAGGUCCCUCAGGACAGGGAUCGAAUGCAGACCGCCUGACUAUAUCUCAGCAAUAUGAUGAGUAUAAGGAGAUGUAUUUCAAACUCCAGAAUGUGGAACGGCAUCCGGAAGUGAUGCCGCGCGCCAAACAUCUUCUACUUGCGUUCCUGUCUGAAGCAAUUCUUUGCGCCCAUGCGCAGCAUAGUGCAAUCCUCGCCAUUGAGCGAUUUUCCCCCAGCGCGAUCGCCGCAUUUAUGCGCCGCGAGCUGGAUCACAUCACGCAUCAAUGGCAACAGUAUCUUCAGCGGCGAAAAGAGGGCCACGCCCGGGAGUUGUUUUCAGAUGCGGAUGCCGCAAAACGGUGGCUCGUAAAAAAGGCCCCAGUCAAGCUGGUGGACGGCGCGUGGCUUGGUCAAGUCCACACCGUGGGGAUUCCAUUUGCAUACCGUUCCAUUACCAAGGACGCCUGGCAGGUGCUCUCGGAGGAGCUUGGGGACGGCUAUCUGGAGAAGAACCAUGUCCACGUGUAUCAGAAGCUAAUGCGUCAAAUUGGCGUGGAUCUCCCGGCUGCCGACUCGGCGGAGUUUAUACAAGCCAUGGACAAUGAUCCUUGCAUUUGGAAAGGUGCAAUUGCGCAACUUCUCAUAGCCUUGUUUCCAAGUGAAUUCCUGCCGGAGACUCUGGGAUUCAAUAUGCAUUUCGAGAUGUUGACCCUGGAAACCAUGGUGGCCGCUACGGAGCUGCGCGAGGUUCACCUCGAUCCCUCCUAUUUCAAUUUGCACAUUUCAAUCGACAACGCCGAUUCGGGACAUAUGGCUAUGGCGAGUCACAUUGUCAUGAAAUACCUGUCGACCGUGCAGGCGGUCGAGGGAGCAGAUGCCGCCCAGCAGGCCUGGAAGCGCGUCCAGGCGGGAUUUGUGCUCUCCAAGCAUCUCCCGUCCCACCAGCGCAGUUUCCCCAACCAAGGUCCCCUUGCCAUAGAUCUUAUGAGGAUCUUUCAAGCUAAAUCCGUUGCAUGCCAUCGACUGCAUGACAACUGCCGAGUGAGAUUGGGCGGCCGGUCACUGAGCACCUGGCUCAACCCGGACCAUUUCCAGCGGGAGCGAUGGCAGACGGAUUUUCUGGACUGUCUCAGCAACGAUAGGCUGUGGGUGCGAAAAGGUGACAGUGCAAGCAGCCGACUAGUCCAGCAAUGUGUCUGGGGUGGACCCAUGUUUGGUGCGUUCACCGAUUCUGAAGUGGCCACGAUCAAGAACUGGAUCGAUAGUUUGGCACCCGAUAGUCCAAUGACAUAUUGGCAUUUCAUCGGAUGGUCUUGCAGCUCUGAUGAAUCCCAAGUCAGCGCCAGUGGCCCAGUCAAUCUCGAAACCGUUUUCCGAGACGCGAGGAUUUCUCCUAGUCACCUUCCUCCCCCAGUCCGGAGCAUCGAUCUCAGCUUUGUCCCAAUCCUCCAUAAAUUGAUCCCACUUUGGUUCGUCCACCCAUGUCUGCUCGAGUCGUGUCUACGGGUUCCAGUUAGGACCACCAACUCGAUCGGCUGUUCGGUGGUUCGUCUUCUUCGCGCCCAGUAUGGCUUUGAUGAAACCACUGGGAUCGCCGGAAUGGAUGAGAUACGCCGGGCAGGAUGGGUCGAUUUGACUGAGAUUGGCAUGGAGAUUAUCUCUCAUGUCGAGGACAUGCCUUCCAAACCCAAGGAUGUCGCGGAUGUCCUAGAGCGGUGGCCGUCGGCAUUUGCAGAGACGAUGCUCGCUUUGGCAAUGCGACCCCAGCAGUGUUUCUGGUCCCUGCUGGGUCUCACCCAAGCAUUCGUUCAUCUGCACCACUGGCUUGCCCUGUCACCGUUGCUUUCGCGGAGGACGAGAGCUAUCGUCCACCGUAUUGCACUGCAGGAACAAGUGAGUUUGGAUACGUGUAUGAAGGGACUUCAGGAGCAGGAUCUGGCAUAUGAGGAUUUUUGGAAAGGGUAUGAGCUUGGCCGGGUUGAAAUUGACGGUUGUUUUGAGAAACGCAAAUCAAUCUCUUCGCUUCAAUCCACUAUGAGAAAAGGAGCCUGAAGUCAUGGCCGGUUUGUUAUUAGGCAAAUACUACAGGAGCAUUUGAAACCUCGGAAAUGAGAUAACUAAUCAUAGCAAGAAAUUGUGGUAACCCUGAAUAUCAUCACUCUACCACAGUUAGUAGUUGUCGUUGGCGAAACGAUAUAAAAUGAAGAUAACAGUUCAUUUUACGCUACUCACUCGCGCCUUCAUCUGAUUGGACGUCGUCAUCUGGAUCUCACGUG